GCUCCAAGGCAGCCUUGACUUGAAGACCUUCUUUGCACCUCCAAAGUCAUCACUGUGAUCGUUUUGCGCAUAUUUCUUCCAUGUUCAAGGCUUUUUUGACAAAUGCGACGGCGUUCGUAGCCACCCUCGACCUCGUGCUCAUUUUCGCUGUCCUUACCCACUAAUCAAUGCCUCAUCAAGCACCCUUACACAAGCAACCGGCGAUGCACUUUCUGUGAACCCUUUGAGCACCUCGCCUCUCAAUCUCAUCAGCCUCCUCAAUAAAGCAUAUGGUUACGCCCAUACUGGUUUGGUCCCUGGCGUCUCAUCCACAAUGUCAUCGACCGCUGUUGCACAAACUCCACUAUCCGGGCCCGACGAAGAACCCACCAUCGAGCCAGAUCUGUAUCGGUACAUUACAUCUCUCAACGAAGUACCAGCCUGUUACACCCGUUUCUUUGACGCCCUUUUGAUCCAAAGAGAUUCUCGGGCUCAGUUUUUCUAUGACCUGAAAACGUUCCGCGAACAACCAAUCAUUAUCAGCCUUCUUGAACCUGGGACCAAAGAAGGCUAUCAGGCCUGCACGCGGAACUUCGUUGCCUCGCGCUUCGCCCACCCUUGGUGCCGGAUCAAUAGCGAUUUCAAGUCUGGAUGGACCCGGGCAACCUGGGUUGGUAGGACCAAAAAGGAGAGCAACGACGACAAGAAAGAAAGGGAGCGUCUCCAUCGCCUUCUUGUCCCCAUUUGGAUUGCAUUCCGGAGACGAAUGUUUCCAGACAAGGAGGUGUUGGAGACUUGGAUUGCAGAGGACGAUGAGCGGCAAAGAAAGAGGGCCGCGAAGGAGCAGGCCGAGGCCCAGCUAGGAGCUAAAUCACGGAACUCCUUUACUGGAGUUGCAAAUGAUCCAACGUCGCCGUCAACGACAACAUACCCCGAACUCGGCUUUAGGUUGGCUGACAACAAGCCAUCACAGGAACGACCACCGGCUUCUGAGCCACCGGCGUCUGGAGCAGUGACUGCCUCACAAGUGUUCCUCGGAGCUGCUAUCAGUGGAUUUGUGAUGAGUGACAAACGAGUCAUGAAAUAUGUGAAGAAAAAGUUCAAGAACAAAUGAAUGCGAGUGCUGGCGGUAACGGAGCAAUGAGCACACAGAUAAAGAUCUCAUACCAUAUCUAACCCACCAAUCGACCGAGCAUGUCUUGUCUUGCACUGCAGUGAGGGGGUUCCACAGACCGAGAUCAAUCUUUGGAAGUCACACUCCAGUGCUUCGGUAUUCAUCUAGGACUCACAACUGAUGGGGAAAUCAACCUGGGGCAGGCGAUGGAACUUGCCCUUGAGCAUCUCCCCAGGCGAAGCUGGAACUGCGCUCUCUUUUGACCCCAGGGAUCUCGACUUUCUACGUAUCAGCACCAGCCUGGGGGGCAUGGAAAGAGCUGCUACAGUUGACUGGUAUCACCAACGGGAUGUUGAGAAAUUAAUCACAACUCGCCGCAGAUCAUUCACGCCCCCGUCCCGAAAUGUCAUUCAGUGUCCCAAAUAUCGUCAAAUAACCUCUAACAAUACGAGAAAUCACAAGGAGGACUGGUUAACUGAACAAUCUUUGAGGGCAGCGUAGUGUCGCUUCUUCCACGAAUGUCCACGUGGAAACGUCUCUGGCACUCCAAUAGCGUAUCAAUAUGACCGAUCGGGAUAAAGAAUGAAGCAGCUCCCCUUUGCCAG